AUGGCAGUCAUAGAUGUUGCCGUCAACGUGGAAGGAGUUGAUCCAAAUUUUAAAGGACCACGACGUCUGCCUAUGGCUAGAAGAACCGAAACAACACAGGCUUGGCGUGAUCCAAAAAGAAAUAAAACAAGUUUCAAGAGCAAAGACCUGGUCCGAUUCAGAAAAAGGCGAUGCCCGUUGAAACUUCCAAAGAAUUGGAAAAAUCAAUACACAAGAUACCGGGCAAAGAAUUGGGAAAGUCGGUACAAGGUCACUAACAGGAUAGAUGACGUGAUCUACAGGAUUUAUGAUCAAGAAAGACAACGGACGAAGAAGAAGAAUUUUAAUAGAUUAGCCCCUAUUUAUCGGAAUAAAGAAGUAACGCCUAUGUUAGAGACUAAGUUAAUCUUGACAAAGUCAAUAUUUCCCUAUAUAUACAACAAGGAGCACUGA